AUGCGUUUUUUUUUUUCAGCUCUGUAUGUGAGAAGGAGCGCCAGAGAUGAUAAUUCCGCGAAUUCUGAAUCGUCGAAAAAGCCGCCCGAUGAUGACCAGAGGGGUCAGAAAUUCUUCAUCGGCUUAUUGCUGGGGACAGUUGUGGCCGUGGUGGUGAUGUCGGUGUUUAGUAGUCUGUUUCAAAAACGCAAUACAAAGCAGCUCACUGUUCACGAUUUCCUUACAUAUAUUGUGCCUACGGGACAGGUGGAGCAAGUAAUUAUCACGAAAAAUAAUGUUGCCCGUGUGAUCAUGAAGCCUGGUCCAAUGCAACAGAAUUUGCCGUUCAGCGAUUUGGCGUUCAGUAUCUAUAAUCCUCGUGUUGGCUGGCAGAAAGUAUAUAUGGUCACGGCAUCGGAUGCUAAGAAACUGGAGGCAGAUAUACGCGCCGUUGAAACUGCUGUGGGAAGGAGACCCGAUGAAUGGGCAGCGAUUGCUGUUGUCGACACAUCUAUGGAGGGAGUCUUAGACAUACUUUUGUUGCUGUUGCUGGCAGCGAUGUUAUUUGGCGCAAGGUCUAUUCCCUCAGUGAAAAAUUCUUUUCAAGAUAUGCUUGGCGUGAAAAUGAAGCUCAAUAUCAUCAAUCCCGGUGACAGGAAUGCACUGAAAACGAAAUUCAAGGAUGUGGCCGGUUUGCAUGAGGCGAAAGUAGAAAUUAAGGAAUUCGUAGAUUACCUCAAACAUCCUGAAAAAUACACAAAUUUAGGAGCACGUUUGCCAAAGGGUGCUCUGUUGACUGGUCCACCAGGAUGCGGGAAGACAUUUCUGGCGAAAGCUCUUGCGGCAGAGUCCUCGGUACCAUUUAUCUCGAUGAAUGGCACAGAAUUUGUCGAAAUGAUUGGAGGUUUGGGAGCAUCUCGAGUGAGAAAUCUGUUUAAAACGGCGAAGAAAAUAGCGCCCUGUAUCAUUUAUAUUGACGAAAUCGACGCUAUCGGACGCAGAAGAAGCCCGAGUGAUUUUGCUAGUGGUGGAAGCCGAGAAGAAGAGCAGACUUUAAAUCAGUUGCUGGUUGAGAUGGAUGGCAUCGAUAGUGGCCGCGGUAUCGUGCUGCUAGGCUCAACAAACCGUGGAGAUAUCUUAGACAAAGCUCUUCUUCGCCCUGGUCGAUUUGAUCGACAUAUUAUUAUUGAUCUGCCGACUGCUUUGGAAAGACAAGAAAUGUUUGAAAUAUAUUUGAGUAAAAUCAAGCUCGAUCGUCACCCGCAGUAUUACUCGAAGCGACUGGCACAAAUGACACCACGCUUCUCAGGUGCAGAUAUCGCAAAUAUUGUGAAUGAAGCGGCUAUACGAGCAGCUUCAUUAAAAAGAAAGCAAGUUACGGUAGACGAUCUCGACGCGUCUCUACAAAGA